GUUGUUUGGUCGUAAAAUGGUUCAAAUGGCACGUACCUGCGUUUAUAAUAGGAAAUAUUUGAAAAUAUUUAUAUAGCAUCGUUAUCAUUUGGCAUUUAAGGAAAGAAAAUGGAGUCCUCGAGUGGCGGUAAUAGCAUACCCAAAAUCAUGGUGUUCAGACCAACCAUGGAAGAGUUCAAGAAUUUCUCAAAAUAUGUUGAAUACAUGGAAUCGUGUGGAGCUCAUAAGGCUGGUGUUGCGAAGAUAAUACCCCCACCAGAAUGGACCCCAAGAAGAGGAGGAUAUGAUGAUGUUGACAUCACUAUUCCGGCACCCAUUACUCAAGUUGUCACUGGUUGUCAGGGACUCUAUCAACAAUUUAAUGUACAGAAAAAGUCCAUCCAUUGCAAGGAUUUUGAAAAGUUGGCAAACAGUGAUAGGUAUCGAACACCCAGGCAUUUUGAUUAUGAAGAAUUGGAACGGAAGUACUGGAAAAAUAUCACAUUUGUGAAUCCUAUUUAUGGAGCAGAUAUUUCUGGGUCUUUAUAUGACGUGGACCAAGACUAUUGGAACAUCAACCGAUUAGGUACCAUAUUGGAUUAUGUUAACGGGGAUUAUGGAAUUAAGAUAGAGGGAGUCAACACAGCGUAUUUGUAUUUUGGGAUGUGGAAAACAACAUUUCCCUGGCACACUGAAGAUAUGGACCUCUACAGCAUUAAUUAUGUCCAUUUUGGAGCUCCCAAAUCAUGGUAUGCCAUACCUCCAGAGCAUGGAAGAAGACUUGAACGACUAGCACAAGGAUUUUUCCCCAGCAGUUUUCAAUCGUGCCCAGCUUUUCUUCGACACAAAAUGACAUUAAUAUCACCGGCGAUUUUGAAACAAUAUUCUAUCCCAUUUAACAAGAUUACACAGGAGGCUGGAGAGUUCAUGAUAACAUUUCCUUACGGCUACCAUGCAGGGUAUAACCAUGGAUUCAAUUGUGCAGAGUCCACAAACUUUGCAACAAGAAGAUGGAUUGAAUAUGGAAAGAGAUGUUUGCAGUGUACCUGCAGAAAAGACGGAGUAAAGAUCAGUAUGGAUUGUUUUGUGAAAAGAUUUCAGCCUGAUCGAUAUGAUCUAUGGAAAAUUGGGAAAGAUGUAGCUCCGCAUCCAGAGGAUGACCAGUCUAAACUUUAUAAACACAGGGAUGCUGGUGGUGAGAAAGCAAUAGAAGCCAACAACUCUGGCACAGUACAGACAAAAAGACAUCCCAUUUCAAGGAAGGCAGAUCGCUCCCCAAAGAAAAACAAAGGAAAAGUUGGCAAGAAUUCAAAAGGAAAGAAAACAGAAGAUGAUAAAAGUACGGAUGGGUCUGAUGAUGAUUCAGAAAAAGACGACAAGUUUGGAGGUUCAACAGAGGAGGAGUGUUCUGAUGACGAAAGACAGAAGUCUGAUGAUGCAGAUAGUAAACAAAAAAUUGAUAUGUACCUCAAAGAUGUGUCUAAGAAAAAAGAAACACCUAAAAAGAAUGGGCCACCUUCUUUCCAAGCUGCUUUUGAAUCUUUGGUGGCUUCCCGUUCAGGAGCACUUGCUCUGCGGCCAGGGAGUGUGGUUGAAGAAAUGCCGCCUAAAAAACAAAAACCUAAAAAGAGGAAACCUGCUGAAGGAACAGCUGUAGCAAACACGCAGGUCAAACAGGAAGGAGUUCCAGGGAAACAUGAAAGGAAUCUCGAACCUUCCCAGAAUUCCAGUGAUCUGUCCAUUGACAAUUCAGACAGUUAUUCCUCAACCUCAGUUAAGAUCGAGAAAAACUUGCAAGGAUCCACAGAAAUUGACACUGUAAAACAAUUGAUACCAAAAAAGAGAUCAAGAAAAGAAAAUCCUAAAAAUAGCUCAUAUUCUUUUCUCCCACUUACCCAGACAAAUAUGACUUCUCAACAAGUAAGUCAGUCUGACUUCAAUCGCCUUAACUUUCUUCAGCCAACCAUACAGUGGAUUAAACAGCAACAGAUGCUGCAGAAUAGUACAAAAGGAAAACAUUAUGCUGAGUCACCAUUCAAUCAAAUUUCAGGUGUAUCUUUUGGUGACUUGUUGAGCUCAACAGCUAACCAACCAAGUCGAGACAGUCAUUAUGUGAAACAAGAAAUCAGGGUAUCAUCUGAUGCACAGAGUAGUGCAAGUGUGUCCAAAUCAAUAACAGUUGUCUCUCCUACUUCAGUACAGGGAGCAGCUGAUUACAUCAAAACAGUGAGGGUGAAAGCUACCCCUUCUGCUACAGUAACAAGCGGGGUAAAACAUGAAGGAACCCAAGCUCUGGAUCUGUCAUUCUCCUCUUCAACAAGUUCAGAAUCAGUGAAUUGUGAUAAGAAAACUUUGCUUGAAAACUCUGCUGUUUCAGAGACAAGUGACCAUAGAAAUCUUGACCCGAAACCACCGGAUAUAAUGAAUGCACCGCCAAUGAAAUUAACUGGAUCACAACAGAGUUUGUUCUCCAGCAUGUCUGAAGCAUUUAAAGUAGCCAACAGCAUGUUAGCUUGUAAACCUGAACCGUCACAUACAGCAUCAAAUUCACCCCGCUCUUUGCUCAGUCCAGGAAGACAGAGAGUCGGAGCAUCCACAGGAUUGGCUGAACCAGUGUCACAUGGUGGAGGCACUCUGGGCUCUCCCCCUUUGCAGAAUAUUGCCAGUGCUUCAACAACCUGUAUUGGAUCAUCAGCCUCAUCAUCUUCCUUAUUUACAAAUCUACCCAUCUCUUCACAUUCCCCUCAGAGACCACCACAGGCACACAUGAUUCGCCCAUCUAACCCUAAUCCUAGGCUACAGCAGUUCAAUCCCUCUGUUCCAUCAACAACACAAUCAAAUCUACUCUUGCACGCCCUUGGCAGUCAACAAAAUCUGACCUCACAACAACAGCAGACUUUUUUAGUGAAUAUACCUGUGAUGCAUUCUGGUACUACUACUGGCAGCAGCAGUACCUGCAUAACCCCUACUUCCAUCACUACUAAUGCAUCACAGGUGAAACAAAAUAUCGUUCUUACCAAUGGGGUUCUUCUUAACAAUGUGAAAUCUUCAGCUUCCUCUGGCACAGCUGUUUCAAGUAAACCUACAGUCAGCCAGUUACUAAAGGCCACUAGGGGAUUGACAAACUCUGAAUCCAAGUCUCCCUCUCCAAAACUGGUGAAUUCCAGUAACACUACUAAGUAUGUCCCAAUGAAGUCACCUUCAGGAACCAUCAGCUUGGUUCCAGUGGUGUCUCAGGCUGGAGGAAAUGCAAUAUUGUUACAGAAUCAGUCGGCUGCAAAUGUCAUACAAAUUGCUUCUACAACAAGUGGUCUGACAGGCAAUAUCAUUGUACAGCCAAACACAGUGCAGAAAGUGAACAAUCGGCUUGUACAACAGACUGUUACAACUCCACUAAGGAUAGCUGUUUCACCACAAGCUGGACCAAAUUCCUCACUUUGUAUUAUUUCUCAAACAAUGCCAGUUGGCGCAAGAAGCCAGCAAAAUACAUUUGCUAUGGCUGGAAAACCUCAAGCAAAUGUGGUUGCAUCUGCGCCAGUUAUAGGGCAGAAAACUGCAGCUGUUCCACAGUUUGGUGGAAGGCCACAAUUUCCAGGAACAACUCAAUUUCUGUUACAAGGUGUUACUCAGAUUCAUCCCUCUCCCACUGCCUUUCAGGUUGACCCGAAGACUCCACUUUUCCAAACCAUUGUGACCUCUACAGAUGUGACAGCUACCCAAUCUUGUACCCAAGCGGGGACUGUUCAAACCCAACCAGUAACCACUGUCAAUCUGAACACAGCUCACAUCACAGAGACAGCAAACUUGGGGCAGAUAAAGAAAAUGAAUGGAGUUCCUGCCAGCAAUGGAUUCAGCAGUGAUGUGGACCAGACCUAUGGUGCUAUAGUGAGUCCAAAUAAAGUGCUCCAGUUGGUACCCCAGCCUAUUGUGCCAAUAUCACAAGUGUCAACAGUCACUUCACUCACUACCACUACAUCAUCCAUAGCAAAACACAGACUAGCCACUGAUAUUAGCCAAGAAAAAAUUCCCAUGCAAGUUUCCAGGAGAGAUAGUGAUUCUGGUGACAUAAACUUGGAGAGCAAAGUGAAAGCAGGACUUCUCUCUCCAAGUUCUAAUCAGUCUUUGUACAGAAUGUCCAGUCCAGGAUCUGAUGACAAAACAUUAGUGCAAGUGUCUAGCUACAGUGCUUUCUCAGGAAAUCAUCCCAAUAAAAAAUCACCAAAUAAGCCUGAUAACUCUAGCAAUGUUGGUGAGAUGUCAUUAAACAAGGCAGCAAAAAAGAAAUCCAAUGCAGCAGUAUCCCCACGAUCUCAAGGCACUGAGGGUGGAAAGUCAGUGAAAAGGAAACAUCAAGAUGAGAACAAAAUUCCCAAAGCAAAAUGUGAUAGCAAAGAUUCUGAAAAUUCGUCCAAAAAUACCAGUAAAGAUUCUCAUAAAGAACAUGGUGGAAAGAAAAAGAAAAGAAAUAGUAGUGGGAAUGAUAUCAGGAAAGACAAUUUUGAGAUUACAGCAGUGCCUGAACGAAUAAUGACAGAUGACUGGACAGAACCAGUGAGAGGACUGUGGCAACAUUUAUUGCUAGACUUUAGUGCUGAGCAAGACUUCAAUGUUAAAAUUAGUCAGAAGUUGCCACAUUGUUCCAUCUGUGCUUUGUUUAAACCAUUGCAGAUUUUACUGGACAAACAUGAAGACAGUCCUACGCGACAUAAAAAAGGAAAGAAGUCAACGCCAGAGAAGACGCUGCCGAUGAUCCCAGAGGUGUGCUUUGCCUGUAGUGAAGAUAACCCCAACCCAGCCAGACUUCAGGCCCAUCUCGAUGAGGAUGGACUCAGUCAUCUGUUGGUGUGCGAGGACUGUAAAGUUUGUGUACACGCAAGUUGCUAUGGUGUGUUAGAAAUACCUCAAAACAAGAAGACAUGGAGAUGCACUAGGUGUGUCCGUCAACAGAUAGCAGCUGAGUGCUGUUUGUGCUGUAUGAGGGGAGGGGCCCUUAAACCCACCAGUAAUGGCAAGUGGGCACAUGUUGUGUGUGCUCUCACCAUUACCGAGGUCAAAUUUGAAAACAUACUCAAAAGGGAGCCAAUUAACAUUGACGAAAUAAUUAGCAACAGAGUGAAAUUAAAAUGCUACUACUGUAACCCCCUUCACAACAGUGACAAGACAACAGGGGUGAGUGUGCUUUGUUCUGUGGGGAAGUGCACCUCCUCUUUCCAUGUGACCUGUGCCUAUGCUGCUGGGGUGCUUUUUGAGACCAGUGAUUGGCCCUUCCCAGUCUAUACAACCUGCAAUAAACAUGGGGCCCACAGGGAAAAGGCUUUUGCCAAGGAACGUGAAAUGUCGAAUCUGAAAGUUGGGGAUAAAGUGUAUGCCAAACACAAAAACACAAGAUAUUACAAAGCCACUGUUGUGAAAAUCGAAAGACAAAUUUUCUGUCUGUUGGAUUUCGAUGAUGGCUCUUUCAGCGACGACACUUUUCCUGAGGAUAUUGUGGGAUACUCUUCAUCCACCCUUCCAUUAGUGGGGGCCCCAGUGGAAGUCAAAUGGACUGAUGGAGAGUUGUACGGAGCCAAAUUCAAAGGCACAAACAUUGUGGUCAUGCAUUUUGUCCAGUUUGAAGAUGGAGUGGAAAGAGAUUUUAAGAGACAUGAAAUAUGGACUUUAGACGAGGAGCUACCAAAACAUGUCAGAUCAAGACUGUCUGUGGCUACAGAGAGAAAGUACAGUCUUCUCUAUGAUGAGGAGAUAAAAGCUGAAGUAGGCGAUCACCACACAAGGAACAAGCCCAAAGUCUCCUACUCCAAACUUAAUGGCUGAAGCAACACGGGUUGCUGUAUUAUCUGUGAUUUUUGAACAGUUGACUUGCAAUGUAUGCCUCAAGCAUACACAAAGGCUAUGAAUUUAUUUGUGGAUUUUAAAUCUUCUCUUCAGUGUCAUUAUUAUGAAUCACACAUUGUGUGUAUCUGUGUUGAAAACAAUUGAAUAUGUUAUACAGCAUAAAUUAAUGAAAUUGUUUGGAUUUAAUACUAAUGCAGUUGCAUUAUUGUUACACUUAUUUCACUCUCUGGCUGUUAACUGUGUGUUGAACUGUCUGCGUUGAGGAACUGAUGCCCCUUGGUGGUAAUAUCGACACUGAACUUUGAGGUGAAGAAGGCAGCAAUUAUUUAUUUGUGUAUAAAACAAUUGACAGUAUUUAUUGUACUGUGUUUUUAUAUAUGGCGUUUUUAAUUUCAGUUGUUUGAAAUAGUGUACUGAUUAUGAUGCACUCCGUUCAUGGCUUAAUUUUGUGUACAUGUAUAUCUUUCACAGUUGAAAUCUAUGUAAUCUUUCAGAGGAGUUGUACUUUGUACAUUUUAAGAUUUUAUGUGAGAAAUUGUACUGUAAUUUUAUUUAUGGAAUAAACAUGCAACAGUUGUCAAA